GUGGCUAGAGGUGCAGGUAGCUAAUCUAACAUGUCCACAGUGCUGGGUGCGGUACCUCCGACUUCUCCGCGAGUCCAUCUGGCCGGGUGGGGUUUUGCCUAAGUACCCACGGCCUGUAAGGACCCAGGAGCAGAAGGUGGCAGCUGAGAAACAGGCUUUGCAGAGCCUUAUGGGAAUCCUGCCAGAUACUGUAGUGCAGAUCCUUGGGGUGGACAAAUGCCAGCUGAGCUGGAGUCUAGUCUUGGAGUCACUGCAGCAACCCCUCAUCAACAGGCAUUUGAUUUACUGCCUCUGGGACAUCAUCCUGGAAUUCUUGGAUCUCAGUGCCUCCGUUGAGGAGUCUACCAUAAGCACCUCUGCCUCAGAUACCCCCGACAACCCCAAGAGGAUGGGUGUCUCCCCGUAGCCAUCGGUCAUUACCCAUUCUUCGAAGGUUGGGAAGGAGGGUCACUCUGCCACCAGGGACCAGUAGGAGGCCUUGCCCUCUGGGCUGUGGCUCAGAAGACAUGGGGCUCACUAGCACAGCUUUCCCUUAGUUCUACUCCAUCUGUAGCAAGUGAUGGAGGGAUAUAUGUACCAAUUGUAUGCAUGUCCAAGUGUCAUACGUUUUUUGUGGUGUUUGGGGCAUUGCUGGUGGGUAGAUUCUGUUUCCUUUGAAUAAGGAAUCUGUGAGCCCUUUUUGCCCUCCUCCAUAAGAUUGUUUGCCGGAAGCCUGGCCCUGUGCAGACAUGUACCAAAUCCACCAACAUACAAAUCUAUAUAAACAAACAAACAAAAAAUAGAUUUCUUUGGAGGCGAAUAUAAUCUUCUGAGCUCUCUGUUCCCACCAGGAAACUGGAAGUUCAGUCGGGACCGUUCUGGAAAGCCAGACCCCUAGUUUCCCAACAAUUCUAGAGGAGGGAGGGCAAGCAUUUCUCAAGGGACUGCUUGCUGAUUGGCUGUUUUCCAGCACAUCAGCCCUAUGGAGGGUGUCAUUGAAGGCUGCUUCCCUGGGUGGGUAUACUUCUCCUAUGAAGACUUCAGAACAGACUGCCAGCCCACCCUACACACCCUUUCCUGAAAGAAAGUUGGGUCACAGAUUUUGUUGAUUAUAUUUCCUCCUAGUCUCCUCCCCAGGAGCAGUUGAGUUUGGGCCUUUGUGACCUGUCUCUCUUCCUUCCACAAAAUCGCAUGGCAAUUUGCAUAUUCAGCUCAGUGCUUCCAAAGGGAAACCCUGGCUCCAGGGCUGGGAAUGUCCAGAGAGUAGGAACCCCAGGAAAGGGCAGGUUCUCCUCACAAGUCUCACAGGGAACUUUGCAUCAGAACCAGUAAUGUUAGCAAACCUACAGGGAACUGAUUGCCCACAGAAAGAUGUUCACUUCCUGUUCCUAAGGACCUAGUUAGGUUUUAAGAACACCAGUGAUGACGGCAAAGGGGCUGUGUCAGGCUGCAGUGUCUUUAGAAACAUGGAACAAUUAGGCCAUGGCCAGGUACCUCAGUUGUUUAGAGCAUCAUCCCGGUACACCAAGGUUGCGUUUUCAAGCCCGUCAGAGCACACACAUGAAUCAACCAAUGAAUGUGUAAAUAAGUGAAACAACAAA